AUGGAUGUGCCAGAAUAUGCUUCUGAGAAGACGUUCCUCAAGUGGAUCAAGAUUCUGAUAGGAGGUCUCAUCGUAAAGCCGCAUUUCUUGCGCGAAACGUAUAGCCUCUCCAAGUACAUGCCAAGCGACGCGCGUUUGGCCAACGGCAUGUAA